GGGAAAGAGCAGAGCUCUUCUGGCCAGAGAUUCCGCCAUGAGUCGUUUUCUUCGUACACCUUGAACUCCGACGUGUUAGUAGUGUGAAGCCUUUUGCUGCUCCUCCUCUUUUGACCGAUCAUCACUACCACAUUCUUCCGAUCUUCUUCCGGUACUCUCUCAGAACGUAAUCUCGAGCCUUAUUCAGUUUUGUUUUUCGAGAUUUGAUUUGUGCAUGUGGAUAGAUCGAAAUGCAAAGUGCGAAUUGGAGUGAAGUGGAUCAGCAUCGAGAUUUGUAUUUCGUCGUUCUCAUUUUCCUCAAUCGAUUGCUUCUCGAAUCGCUGGCAAUACGUCCCAAGAUCAACAGCAGUCGGCCAUCUGGGAUUUCGUCGACUUGUAACUUUCAGAAAUCAACUAAUACGAUUGAUGUUGUAGUUCAUUUGGAUCCUGAGAACAAAGAGCUUUGGUCUGCUUUCAGGAAAAAUCCCAUUUUCAUCUCAAUAUACGAGCAGGAGCAGGUAUGCUUCUGAGCCAUCAUGUUCAUAUACAGGUUUAUGCCUUUACUCUUCCUCAGUUAUUUAUCAUUUCUCUCUUGCACACCAAAUUCUGGGGGCAAUCCAUUCAACUCGACCCGGUAGGGGAUCUGACCCUUGAGUUUGAUGAUGGUGAAAUAUUCUAGUGGAGCAAAGUAUGACCUCUGGUUUCUAUUGAUCAUCAUUCACCUUUGUGUCAACUCUUUUGUUUUAGUUUAAAAGCUCAUAAUCUUUGGUUGUAUUGGUUUGCAGGUCACAACCGCAACUCUUAAUCCUAUUCUGGGU